GCGACACACAAACACCCGUUCGCAAGCAUGGGAUCCAAGCCGACCUGCGAAGCCCUCAUAUGCACAGCUAUUGGCGAAGUCUCAAUUAAGACUGUUCCAGUCCAAGCGAUCCCGGAUGGAUACAUCCUGAUCAGAACCAAGGCUGUUGCGUUGAAUCCGACUGAUUGGAAGAGUAUCUAUGCUGGUGAUGGAGGCAGUAUAGGGACGCGUCCGGGUAUUGAUUUUGCAGGCGUUGUCGAGGAAGUUGGCUCUGGGUCAAAGAAGUCAUGGAACAAAGGCGAUCGUGUUUUUGGUGGUGUCUGGGGAGCCAAAGACGCAGAAAGCGGCGCUUUUGGGGAGUACAUUAUCGCCAAAGGGGACUUACUAGCUGAGAUACCCGAUGAGUUGAGCUUCGAGGACGCCGCAACGCUUGCUGUGGGUAUCAUGACGUGUGGGCAGAGCCUUUACCAAUUGCUCAAGCUGCCCUUGCCGACAAUUACUCCUGAAGACCGUCCCUCCUCAAAGAAGCCCAGAGCCAUCUUUAUCUAUGGAGGUAGCACUGCCAGUGGCAUCUUUGGUAUUCAGUUCGCGAAGCUCUCGGGACUGGUUGUAUUGACAACAGCUUCGCCACAUAAUUUUGAAUACCUACGCAGUCUGGGUGCCGACGCCGUCUUUGACUACCAUGAUGACGUCGAAACUCUAGCUGGUGAGAUCAAAAAGCACACCAAAGGCAAUCUUACUAUUGCCUGGGACUGCCGGCCAGGGCCUGAAUCUGGUCGCCUGUGUGCCCUAGCCAUGAGCGACAGCGAGAAGGGCAUGUAUGCAACCUUGCAGCCACGUACCCCACACGACCAUCUUCACGGCACCAACCCCAUGGUCGAUACUUACUUUACAAUUGGGUACACAGUGUUUGGGGAACCAUUUACGCGUGCGGGACGACGUUAUGAAGCACGACCAGAGGACGCCGCCUUCGCUAAAGACUUUUGGGAGUUUGGCCAAGAUCUAGUGGCUGCUGGGAAGGUCAAGAUCCCAAGGCUUGAGAUCAACCGUGGCGGUAGUGGACUCAAAGGUGUUAUUCAGGGUUUGGAGACUCUUCGCUUGGGACAAGUGUCUAGCAAGAAGUUGGUCUACACCUUAUGAUUUUCUAGUAAAUCGC